CUAAUACAUUUUAUCUACACAUCAUAAUCUGCUUGAACUAAGUUGCCGACUCUCAUUACAAAUAGUUACGUUUUUAUGGAGCAUCACGUUUCGAGCGCUAGCUAAGUGCAGAUAAUAUUUUUCAAACUGCAUGUGAGUGUGAAACCGAAUUUUCACAUUAAUGAAACAAAAAUAAUAAAACUAAAUCCAUAUGAGUAAGUGAAGAGAAAAUUUAAAUAUGAUACUUCUGUUAAAGUUCGUGGUUUCGUAAUGCACCUGCGGUUACGUAUACGCCCAGUGAUGCUAAGUGAAUUUAAGUGCGGCUUGAAUAUAAUAUUAUAUAAAGAACUUGAAGUAUAGUAUAAUGAUGUGAUGAUACUCAACAACUAAAACCACAUUAAAAAAUAAAGAAUUGAAUGGUAUGAAAGAAUAUAUGCAGAACAUAUGGCAAAUGCAACGUUCAAAUGAAUUAUUCAAAGUCCUUUUGCUUAAUGUGAGCGCUUUAACAACCACCCAUCGUCAUCACAAGUUAACUGACAAAAAGCACAAUUUAAACCAUAUUUCACAUUUCGGCAAGUGCAACAACCACUAAAAUGUUCAUAUCUACUAAAGCUAACCACAGCCUGAACUCUUUCAACCCUGCGCAUGGCCACAAGCAACAAAACCUUCCUGGUCUGCUUAUCGCCGCACUGACAACGCCAACAUUGGCAAACACAAAGACCACUACAGAGAACUUAAAUUUCACCGAGAAUAGCACCACUUUACUACCACCAAUACCACCAGCACAACUUUUUAACGACGUCUACAACAAUGAAAGUGCAAUUGAGGGCGAAAGUGGUUACGUGGUGACACCACGCAUCAGUUCUGAAAUUCCAAUUUGGCUUAUACCUUGCUAUGGAGUUAUAUUCUUCUUUGCCAUUGUGGGAAAUUUGCUGGUGAUAUCAACACUGGUACAGAAUCGUCGUAUGCGUACCAUAACGAAUGUGUUUCUAUUGAAUCUCGCUAUAUCGGAUAUGCUGCUGGGUGUACUUUGCAUGCCGGUGACGUUGGUAGGAACGCUGCUGCGCCACUUCAUAUUCGGAGAGUUCUUUUGCAAACUCAUACAAUUCUCCCAAGCUGCCUCCGUAGCGGUUUCAUCGUGGACACUCGUUGCAAUCUCUUGCGAACGUUAUUAUGCAAUUUGUCAUCCGCUACGAUCAAGGACAUGGCAAACAAUUAAUCAUGCGUACCGUAUUAUUGGGUUUAUUUGGUUUGGCAGCAUCAUUUGUAUGACCCCAAUUGCGAUUUUCAGUCAAUUAAUACCAACAAGUCGGCAAGGCUUACGCAAAUGUCGCGAACAAUGGCCCGAGGACACCAUUGCGUAUGAGCGCUCCUACAACAUUUUUUUAGACUUAGCACUGCUUGUGCUGCCGCUGUUUAUACUAUGCGUUGCCUACAUACUCAUCACACGCACCCUCUAUGUGGGUAUGCGCGCCGAACGUGCUUUAAUUUUUGGCGGAUAUGCCACUAGCAACACACCAGUCAAACAGCACGUUGGCACUUCAUUACCAGCAAUUUCCACCGUGACUGGGGAGAAUGCAGCAACAGCAACCACGGCACUUCCGCCAUCCGUACUAAGAAGUUUUAAUUUAAAGAUGUCACUUCGCUGUCAUCGGAAGCCAGCUAGCGUGGGUAGCGGUGCUAUUAGGAGUGAUGGCCAAGAUAUAGUUAGUGAAAUGCAAAGUGAUAUGGGGUAUCAUCAACAUCGCCACCACCAGCACGAGCAGCAGCAGCGCCAGCAAGAACAACAAUUAAAAUACUAUGAUGAUUCUGGCGGCGGUGGAGAUGUUUUACACAAAUCAUUUUCAAUUGCUUCGACCAAAACACCACAGAGCUUAUUUGGCUUGCGGGUGCUGCCAUGCGUUGACAAAGUUGAACAACAAAAAGAAAUGCAACCGCCAACUCCACCACAGCAGCAACAACAACUAAUACUACUACAAACCAAUAUAGCCAGGCAUUUGCAUGGCUAUAAUAGUAAUGGCAAUCACACAGCCAAUAACAGUGAGGGUGCAAUUUUGUUUGCUAACCAUCACCAGCCUCAUCAACAGAAUCAGGUCACUUUACGUGCAAACUUACCGCAGUACCAUAGCAAUCAGCUUAAUCAGCAACAACAGAAACAAAAUUUGCUGUCUCAGGUAUCACUAAAAUCACAACAAAAACCUCUUAUAGGGGAUCGUAGAAAAACGUAUUCAACGCCAAGUAUACGCAUUAAAGAGUCAACAUUGAGGAGAUCAAAUGAAACGAAAAAUCUCGAAAGCAAGAAGCGAGUAGUCAAAAUGCUUUUCGUUCUGGUACUUGAAUUCUUCAUCUGCUGGACACCGCUGUAUGUGAUCAAUACUGUGGCCAUGUUUAUUGGUCCGGCCAUUUACGAGUACAUCGACUACACAUCGAUCUGCUUUUUUCAAUUGCUCGCCUACUCUUCCAGCUGUUGUAACCCCAUCACCUAUUGCUUCAUGAACGCCAGCUUUCGACGUGCAUUUCUAGAUACCUUCAAAGGAUUGCAUUUAAGUGGCAACAGUGGUGGCGCUGGCGGUGCAAGCGUUGGCAUUUGGCAUAGUCGACAAAAGGGAACUGAUUGUGGUGUUGGUGGUGGCAGUAGAAGUGACGCGCAUUUGCCUGCACUAGUGACAAACGACUCGAUUGCGCUAGCCAAUAACGCAAUCAUUGCAUCCAACAAUACGUUAAUGCAUGGCUCCCAGCAUCCACAACGUAAUUGAAUGUGGCCGAGCACUGUGAGUGAAGAGACUCAAGCUACAAAGAGGAGAAUAUGGAUGUGUAUAUGGAAUAUCAACAACUGAAAAUUUCGAAGCAAUUUGGUAGAACACUCCACAGAAAGGACAACAGCAAAAGUUGUGUACCUCUGCAUCGUAAUUGGCCGAUCCUUUGUAUGUGAAACACGAAAGCCGUAGAGAGGCAAAACUUUUCAUACUGGUGACGUAUGUGUGUUUGGGCAAUCCACAUGCGAAAUUGUAGCAUAUGCGCGCAGAUAUAUGUAUAUACAUACAUAAAUAUGUACUUCAGUGUGAGAUUCAAUAUUUUUACCCCGCUUUGAUCAUUUUAAUACUCUAGUAACAUGAAUGUUUGUACGAGUGUAUAGCAACGUUUAUUGUUCUUGUAUAUAUCCGCCAACGAUUUUUUACAUUUAUUUGUGUGUAUAUGUUUAUGAGCUUAAUACUUGUAAAAGGAAGCAGAAUGAAAAAAAACUUAAAUGACAUGAUAUUUGUAAAUUGGAAUUCCUCAAACUUUUGCGGCUUAAACAUCAAGCUCGCUCUUUUGUAAACAUUAGGGUGGUCUUUAUAACUAAAAGUAUGCUAUUAUUACUUUUUCUUUUAUUAUUUAGGAUUCACGCUUAUAUGCUUUAUUUGAAACAACUAAGCGAAUCAGUUUCAAAACAGCAAAAAUUAACGUUCAACAAAAUUUAAUUUUUUUUUACACCCAUGAGAAAAUGUAUGUGUGUGCAAUACUUGUACUUGUGCUCAAUUGUAUCAAAUCUGGGUACGUAGUUUUUCACCAACGCAUCAUAGUUUUUUUUUUAAAUGACGCACUAUGCUGCAUUAUAUUGAUAUGAUUACUAAGUGAAAGGAAUUUAGUGAAAGGAAGGAAAUUGAACUGUGAAAAAAUAUUUAUCCUUGAAUAUCCUUGAGGUAUUUUAUAAAGCAUAAAAGGCAUAAAAAACGUAAAAUUUUAAAAAUUUGCAGCUGCUUUUAUGUAUACACCCUUUUCGAAAUAAUAGCAGUGACAUGAGUCGACAUUUUUAUCGAAGAAAAAAUAUCUGAGUACUGAUUUUUGAUUUGUUUCAUUUGCUAAGAUUUAAGUUCGUAAGAAAAGUGGUUCUCAAUGAAAAUUACAGUACUCAAUUUUUCCUAUAAAUCAGUUUACUCGUAUGUGUAAAGAAACAUUUCAUAAAAAUAGCAGUGUCCAGCGCAUAACAUUGAAAACAGAACGUAAAAUAAUUAAUUUAGUAUACUAUGUAACACAUUUUGCGGAACAACAUCAAUACGCACCACAAAUAGGAGGAGGAGCUCGGCCAAGCACACAAAAAGGGUGUACGUGCCAAGUAUAUAUACAAGGUGAAGUCUAAAAUAAACAAGACUGAGCUAAAAUAAAAAUGACGGGAGCUUUGUUCUGAUAACUUCGAGUUUAUUUAUUCAAAACAGCCCCUUUUGGCCUCAUACACUGUUUUUCGCGAUCUAAAAGCUUUUCGAAUGAGUGUUUCAAGUUAUUGACCGGAAUGUCCUUCAAGAUGUCGGUACAACCCUUUAGGGUGGCCUCCACGGACGCGAAACCUUUUCCUUCCAUGGUCAAAUGCAAUUUUCCGAAUAGCUAGAAGUCACAGGGAGCCAUAUCAGGUGAAUACGGUGAAUGAUUGAUGGUUAAAAUGUGAUUUCUAGUCAAAAAAUCAGUCACGAUAGAAAAUUGCAUUGACACGAACUACCUUGGAAUCGUAAAAACAAACGAGCAUCGACUGGAUUUUUGACUUCUCCCAACGCGAUUUUUUGGGUGGUAGCUCGUCUUGGGGCUUCUAUUCGGCACUUUGAAGCUUAGUUUCAGGUUCAUGUUGGAAACACCACGUUUCAUCACCAGUUCCAAUGUUGUAAAGGAAGUUCUCAUCUUUUCUCGCCUCUUUAAUGAAUAUUGAAUUCUGAGCAAUUUUUGGUCCUCAGUUAACUUGUGCGGAAUGACACAAGCACAGACCUGUCGCAAGUCCAAAUGAUCAGUUGAAAGCGAUAAAUCUAUGUUUUGGAGAUAUUCAACUCCAAUUCCAUGAAUUUCAGCGAUGAUUUCGGUUCAUUUUUGAUAAAUUUACGAACAAUUUCGAUGGGGUUUUCGGUGAUUAGUGAUUUAGGGCGGCCCGUAUGCUCAUUGUCAUUUGGGUAUGUCCUCACAACCAUCUCUGAAACGUGUAAGCUACUCAUGAACUCUGGCCCGAGAUAGGUAAUUAUCGCUAUAAACUUUUUUCAUCAAUUCAAAUGUUUCGGUAAACGUUUUACCGAUUUUAAAACAAAAUGUAAUAUUAUCUCUUUGUUCGAAACUCAUUUUUGUACCAAUGACACAAACAUACUGACACUUUAGGCGCAAUAACUUCGCUUCCAGUGAAGCUAAUCUCACCAAGCUUUCACUGGAAGUCAGAUAGAGAUGUAACUUCCAACGCAUUAACUCAUUAAUAAUUAGCUCAAGAAGAAUAAAUCAAAAACAUUUUUAUGACGCCAGUCUUGUUUAUUUUGGACUUCACCUCGUAUAUAAUAUAUAUAUAUAUGUAUAUAUACAUAUGUGUAACACAACGGACCUUAUUGGCGAGUACUGCUACACAUCGACGAAGCACAAACUCCACCAAGCGCUUACACUUCUCUUCCAGAGCUCUUUGAUAUUUGUGAGAUUAUCUUUGUCUGCAACUUCUUUGACAUCCGACCCAAAAUUUUCAGUCCAUGAGCUUUUGAAAUUAACCAAUUUUUUCCCCCAACUUGCAGAUACGCUUUGAGUCUUAGUCUUGUAUAUACACCCAUUUCAGAGGCGUUUUCCACUCCGCAAGUGGUAGCAUGCUUGACUGCAUACCGCCAGCCAGGUACAGCUUGGCAUACAUACCGGUAUGCCCGUAGUAGGAGAAUUGGGUCCAUACGAUGAUUUUGGCACCUGCAUGCUUUACUUAAAAUAAGCAUUCUUAGGUCUUCGUUCAAAUUGUCUGCGUCUUUUGGAAUAAAAAAAAAACAAAAAACCGAUUUUGGUUUUACUGGACCAUUCGAGUUCUGCUAAUUUUUGAACUGGCCUCGGCUAAUUUUGUUCUGAUCUGUGCAUGUUGUGGCACAGUUAGCAGUUGUAGAUUUCUUGAGCUUAUUCUAUGUAUAAAGUUUAGCUGCAAUGAGCUUUUUCUGAGUUUUGACGAGUUCACAUAUAGAAUCCGCCCAUUUAUUAGCGUUAGGAACCAUUUUUGCUGAAUAGUUGAGCAAGCAAAUCUUGGAUAAACUUGUAAGUUUUCUCCUCCGUCAAGAAAUUCUUCAGAACAAUUUUUGAGCAACCCAUUUACCAAAAAAAAAAUUGUACUAAUGUUUUGCAAUCAAUGUAUUGUUAUAAAAAAAUGUAUAUGGAUCUAAGAAUAUUAAGACAUAAAGGCAAUUUUGAGAGGAGAAUUUCAUUGUCGCUUCCUUAAGGCGACAGCCAUCAUGCCAGAUCAUGCGGCUAAAUUCAGUGGAAUCGUCGUAUUAACUCUGAGGUGUUGAGGAGUUUGCUAGCUUCCUCAUGCAUGUGCCUUUGAAGCCUGAGAGAGUGGGCUUCUGCCCGUUUUUUAAUUUCUUCAGCGGCCGUAGAGUUCUUGAGUUCAUAAUGAAUAUACUUAAUGCGAUCGAACCGGGCUGAGUUGAGAAUAUUUCGAAGGAUUUUAUGCUGGAGUCGUUAAAGUACACAUAUUUAUAGGUAUUACUUUGAGCGGCGCAAACAGCUUUUAUAAAUUGUUUAUAUAUAGCUAUUUUCUUAUAUAUGGAGAGCUUUGAUCUUAUUCCAAUUAGCCACUUCAUUUUUAUUAUCUUGAGAUGGAUUUCAUGCCGUUUAAGUAUUAUAUACUCCUUCUAUCGAAGCUCAACAUUCAUAUACUUGUAUAUAAUUGGCGCUCACACUAUUUUUGGGUUGCGGCCCGAGUUCUUCCUUCUAUUUGUGGUGUGCGUAUUGAUGUUGCUCAACAAAUGGAGGGACCUACAAUUUUAAGCCGACUUCAAAGGGCAAAUGGUUUUUUAAGAGCUUUUUCAUGGCAUAAAUACACUGAGAGGUUUGCGAUUGCCUGCCGAGAGGCGACCGCUAUUAGAAAAACCUUUUUCUUCAUUUUAGUGCAUCAAGGAGUUUCAAACCUACGUCUUGCAAAUGAUACUCACGCACCAACUCAUUCGGCUACGGCCGCUGCCGAGUCGAGUGUUAUGCCAGGGUAUUUUGCAGUGUUUGCGUGUCGUAUUACGACACCUAGCAGUAUUGUUGCGUAAUGAUUAUCUUUUUUGUUGGCGAAGCUUACAUGAACUGACUUGGUAUUGUUCUAUUUUAUGCGCCAAUUCUUCGCCCAUUCUUUUAAAUUCUUGCAAUUUGUAGUUCGGCUUCUUCCGCAUUUUUCCAGUUGAUAGGAUGGCAGUGUUGUCCGCGAAAGUGGCGAUCAAGCUAUUCGGAGCCAUGGGUCUCUGACAUCGCCCAAAUACCUCGAAUGUUUCUCAUGCCCCGCUAUUUUUGAGGAAUAUGACAAUUGGAGAAAGUUCAGAAACUAAUAUAAACUCAUUUAAAUAAAAAAAUUUUGUUAUGUUUUGCCAAAAGUUAUUUUUCAAACAGACUGAUUGUGUAAG